AUGGACACUCACAUCAGCCCUAGCUAUAAGCCGGGCCUCACUGAUCGAUUGCUGGUUGGCUUGUUUCACUUGAUCAACAAGUUUAUUCCGUGGCACAAGUUACCUGCCAUCGUCGGUGCUCUGAACCUCGAAGCUUUGCGUGUCGAGCUCCGCGAGUACAACUUGCAUGAUGGGUACCCGUCCGGUGUCUACCAAGGUAACCAAACCACCGACCCCAUGACCGACGAGCGCUUUGAGUACGCUCGCGAUUCAGAUGGGAAGUUCAACUCGACCGAGAUGCCACGAAUGGGGUGUGCGUUCCAACGACUUGGGAGAAAUUUCCCCCGAGGCUUGACCAUCAAACCAACAGAAGAGGAAUUGUGGACUCCAAACCCUAGAAUGUUGAGCGAUCGUUUGAUGGCACGCAAGACGUUCAUCCCAGCGACCACUUUGAACUUGCUGGCGGCAGCUUGGAUCCAAUUUCAAACCCAUGACUGGUUCUUUCAUGAGAAUAGCGACGAAGACUUCGACGUCCCUUUGCCUGCAGGAGACAGUUGGCCACAUGGCAAAUUGGAAUUUCCCAAAACCAAGCCGGAUGAGAUCCUGAGUCAAACAGACACCAGGUGCCCUGGUUACAGGAACGUGAACACGGCGUGGUGGGACAGCUCGCAGAUCUACGGGUCCAGUGAAGCCGUGACCAAAACCCUUAGAAACCUGAACAGUGAUGGCAAAUUGACUCUGACCGAGGAAGGUCGAGUACAAUUUCUCCCUCGCGACGCGGACGGUAACCCGUUGACCGGAUUCAACAAUAACUGGUGGAUAGGUAUGGAGAUGCUGCACACCCUGUUUGCACUGGAGCAUAACACUAUUUGUGACAUGCUGCGUCGGGCGUACCCGUCCUGGACAGGCGAUCAGAUCUUCGAUAAAGCUAGACUGGUUAAUUGUGCCCUCAUGGCCAAGAUCCAUACCGUGGAAUGGACGCCUGCUAUCCUUGCCCAUCCCACAUUGAAGAUUGGCAUGAAUGCAAACUGGUGGGGCCUAGUCGGCGAGUCCUUGACGAAGAUGCUGGGUCGCAUCUCAAAGACCAGUGAAGUCAUCAGUGGCAUUCCAGGCUCAGGAGUAGAUCAAUUCGGAGUGCCGUACUCUCUGACAGAAGAAUUUGUGUCUGUGUACCGAAUGCACUCACUUAUCCCGGAUACGAUCGCCUUCUUCAACGCCAAAGACGGUGGACACAAAUCGACCAUUCCUGUCGAGAACAUGCUUUUCAAAUACGCCCAGGCGCCACUGGACAGUGGCCUCUCGUUUGCCGACGCUUUCUAUUCCUUCGGAAUCAACUACCCCGGUGCUAUCACGAACUCGAAUUAUCCGGAUUUCUUACGCAACCUGACCACACCAGACGGGAUACAUCGCGACAUGGGCACCGUGGACAUUCUGCGCGACCGUGAACGAGGCGUCCCUCGGUAUAACCAGUUCCGUCGUUUGUUGCGUAUGCCUGCACCCAAGACAUUCGAAGAACUUACCGGUGGUAACAAAGUUCUUGCGCAAGAUCUCUCGGAUGCGUACAAUGGAGAAAUUGAGCUCGUUGACGCACUCGUCGGAUCUCAUAGUGAGCCCGUACCUGCAGGCUUUGGGUUCAGUGACACUGCAUUCCGCAUCUUCAUUCUCAUGGCCAGUCGACGGCUCAAGAGCGAUCGGUUUAUUGCUGGACAGUGGAAUGCACAGACGUAUACAAAGGAAGGUCUAGAUUGGGUUCAGAAUAGUGGGAUGAAGGAUGUGUUGUCUAGACACUUCCCAGAGUUGAGAGGUGUGUUGAAAGACAGUAAGAAUCCGUUUGCCCCGUGGAGUAAAUUGCCCAAGUCGACGGCGUAUGAUGGCAUCGAGACCAAUGCUCCAAAGAAGUGA